UCUAUCAUUAUUAGUCUCUUCACGUUAGAACUCCGAACCGAAUCGCGUUUCUUAAAUUUUAGUCUGUAAAUUACGGGCAAAUAUUAAACAGUUUUUGCUAAGGAUGGCAGCGCAUUUCAUUAGAAAAAUUGUUCCUACUUCGCUUGGAAAUCGCGGUUACGCUUCCGGAGUUCGUAAAGUUACCUUAAUUCCUGGUGAUGGAAUUGGUCCGGAGAUUUCUGCUGCUGUUCAAAAAAUUUUCCAAGCUGCUAAUGUUCCGAUUGAAUGGGAGGCAGUAGAUGUUACUCCUGUCAGGAAUCCAGAUGGUAAAUUUGGAAUCCCACAAAGUGCCAUAGAAUCGGUGAAUCGUAACAAGGUUGGUUUGAAAGGACCUCUAAUGACUCCCGUUGGCAAAGGCCAUCGAUCACUCAAUUUGGCUCUCAGGAAAGAAUUCAACCUAUACGCUAAUGUGCGUCCAUGCCGAAGCUUGGAAGGCUAUAAAACAUUAUACGACAACGUCGAUGUUGUCACUAUUCGAGAAAACACUGAGGGUGAAUAUUCCGGUAUUGAGCAUGAAAUAGUUGAUGGAGUUGUACAAAGUAUCAAGCUGAUUACUGAGGAAGCUUCCAGUCGCGUAGCUGAGUAUGCGUUCAAAUAUGCUAAAGACAACAACCGUAAGAAGGUUACCGUAGUUCAUAAAGCCAACAUCAUGCGAAUGUCGGACGGAUUGUUUCUGCGUUGCUGUCGAGAGAUGUCCAAGAAAUAUCCUGAAAUUAAAUUCGAAGAAAAAUACUUGGACACAGUGUGCUUGAAUAUGGUACAAGAUCCCAGUAAAUUCGAUGUUCUGGUUAUGCCAAACUUGUACGGUGAUAUCUUGUCCGAUAUGUGCGCUGGUUUGGUCGGUGGUCUUGGUCUAACGCCAUCCGGCAACAUGGGUCUCAAUGGUGCACUGUUCGAAUCUGUUCACGGUACAGCACCUGAUAUUGCUGGUAAGGAUCUCGCUAACCCGACUGCCCUACUAUUGUCAGCUGUAAUGAUGUUGCGGCAUAUGGAGUUAAAUCAGCAUGCUGAGAAAAUUCAAAACGCGUGCUUCGAGACGAUCAAAGAAGCCAAGCAUCUUACGGGAGAUCUUGGCGGCAAAGCAAAGUGCUCCGAGUACACAAACGCCAUCUGUGACAGAAUCAAGUAAACGGACGUAACUAUACUUCAUCCGCGCUCAGCAGGAAGAGCAAAGCAAAUUACGUUGCCGUUUUUUAUUGAAUUUUACUCGUCAUACCGCCAAAAACUGCAAAUAUUUAUUGUAUUGAGUAUUUUUAAGAUUCUAUACUGUAAAGUGCAAGAAUCCAAACCGUUAAGCGCGCCGUAGUACUUCAAAACUUUUGAGCAGACAGUAUUACGCUAUCAAACCGUAUAUAACCAACCGUUAAGCUAUAACUACGUAUUCUACAAGAAGCAGCUCUUCUCAGACAAUAACAUUUCCUGUAUAACCCCACCAAUGUGGCUUGCUCCUCCGAAAAGGAACUUUUGCCCUACUUGAAUCUUCUAACGAACCACGCAAUUUUACAUUGGCUGUAAAAUUAAAAUGACCGACUUAGAAUGUCCGUUGGCAGUUAAUUUAUUUCAAAUCGUGUAGUACCAAUAUCGUUACUGAUCAAUAAAAAAUCGUA